AUGCCCAGCACACUUCAGAAAACCCGCAAGCAAAUUUCCAAGAAGCGCAAUGGACAGGUCAACGCACUGCAUGAAAAGUCCAGAGACACUCUGAGACUGCACAAGGCCGGUGUAAGAGACCAGAGGCUGGAGAAGCUUGCUGCGGCGAGGAGCAAGAGGGAACAGCCCAUCGUGGAGCGAGUCACAUUUUUCCAGCAGAAAGUGAGAGAGCAAGGCUCGGAACCGCUUGAAGUGCCCGCCAUCCAGGCGCUUAUCCAUGAAUAUGUCCAUCAGUACGAUGAGGAGUACGAUGCUGUGAAGAAGACUCGCCGGGCUGGACGGCCCCCUAGCACCAAGGAAGAUCUCCUGAAGAUCAAGAUUGCCGCUCUCGAGAAAGAGUAUGAGGCAGGAUUUCUGAUUCCCGAUAUCACAACGGCCCAGAGCGUCAAGCUCUUGGACGCUUGGGAAGGCGCCUGGGCCUAUCUUGCCACCCUCCCUUGGGUUAAAGUUACAGCUGCAGGCAAUGUUCGCAAAUCUGAGCUACCUUCCAAAGCUCUGGUUUGA